GUCGGGUCUCGCUGGACUAAAAGCCGGGUGUCGAUAUCCGAGUCUCACCGCCUCCUGACACCGUGGAGCUGAGUCCCCCUUUCGCCUGGGAAUUUUGUGGUCGCCUGGGGUCAGCGGUGACAUCCCAAAGGGCAGGCCCGGCAGCCGCCAUGGUGGCCAAGGAUUACCCCUUCUACCUCACGGUCAAGAGGGCAAACUGCAGCCUGGAGGUACCCCCUGCCAGCAGUUCGGCCAGGGACGCUGAGGAGCCUAGUAAUAAACGGGUCAAACCCCUUUCCAGGGUCACAUCACUCGCAAACCUCAUCCCACCCGUGAAGGCCACACCAUUAAAGCGCUUCAGCCAAACCCUGCAGCGUUCCAUUAGCUUCCGCAGUGAGAGCCGUCCGGACAUCCUUGCCCCCCGACCCUGGUCCAGGAAUGCCGCCUCCUCAAGUACCAAGCGAAGAGACAGUAAGCUGUGGAGCGAGACCUUCGACGUGUGUGUCAAUCAGAUGCUCACGUCCAAGGAAAUCAAACGUCAGGAGGCCAUCUUUGAACUUUCCCAAGGAGAAGAAGACUUGAUAGAGGACUUGAAAUUAGCGAAAAAGGCCUACCACGACCCCAUGCUCAAGCUCUCCAUCAUGACAGAGCAAGAGUUGAAUCAGAUUUUUGGAACAUUGGACUCUCUCAUCCCUCUACAUGAAGAUCUCCUUAGUCAACUUCGAGAUAUUCGGAAGCCUGAUGGCUCGACUGAGCACGUCGGUCCCAUCCUCGUGGGCUGGCUGCCUUGUCUCAGCUCCUAUGAUAGCUACUGCAGCAAUCAAGUAGCCGCCAAAGCUCUACUGGACCAUAAAAAACAAGAUCACAGAGUCCAAGAUUUCCUGCAACGAUGUUUAGAAUCCCCCUUUAGCCGCAAACUAGACCUCUGGAAUUUCCUUGAUAUUCCAAGAAGCCGUCUGGUGAAAUACCCUCUGCUUCUUCGAGAAAUCUUGAGGCACACACCAAAUGACAAUCCAGACCAACAGCACCUGGAAGAAGCAAUAAACAUCAUUCAGGGAAUUGUGGCAGAAAUCAACACCAAGACUGGGGAAUCUGAAUGCCGCUAUUAUAAAGAGCGGCUCCUUUACUUGGAGGAAGACCAGAAAGACUCCCUGAUCGACAACUCUCGAGUGCUGUGUUGUCACGGAGAACUGAAGAACAAUCGGGGCGUGAAACUGCAUGUUUUCUUGUUUCAAGAAGUGCUUGUGAUCACUAGAGCUGUUACCCACAAUGAGCAGCUCUGCUACCAGUUGUACCGACAACCAAUCCCUGUGAAGGACCUCCUGCUGGAAGACUUGCAGGAUGGAGAAGUGAGGUUGGGCGGCUCACUGCGCGGGGCCUUCAGCAACAAUGAGAGAAUUAAAAACUUUUUCCGAGUAAGUUUCAAAAAUGGAUCCCAAAGUCAAACCCACUCGCUACAAGCCAAUGACACCUUCAACAAACAGCAAUGGCUUAACUGUAUCCGUCAAGCCAAAGAAACAGUUCUGUGCGCUGCCGGGCAGGCUGGAGUGCUAGAUUCUGAGGAACCAUUCCUAAAUCCCACCACCGGGGACAGGGAACCACAGGGAGAUACAAAACUUGAGCAGAUGGACCAAUCGGACAGUGAGUCAGACUGCAGUAUGGACACAAGUGAGGUCAGCCUCGACUGUGAACGCAUGGAGCAGACAGACUCUUCCUGUGGCACCAGCAGGCCCAUUGAAAGCAACGUCUGACAGAAGCUCGUGGACUUCCUGGAAGUCGCUGUGUGUCUUACCUGUACAGUAUUUGCAUUCCACUCAUGGAACAGUUUGGAGAAGCACUUUUUAAUAUUUUUUGUGAUCGUGUUGACCCAGUCAUAUACCUAUAACUUUGUCCCUAGUACUGUAACUGCCAGUCUGUCUGUGUAAGCUGGAAUCUGUGGCACCUGUUACCCUGUGUUGUAUUUCACAAGGGUCUCGAUGGAUGGAGAGGUACU